CAGGGAGCAGAGCACAGCUGUUACCCUACAGACGGACACUCUCUGAGUGGUAAGCAAAAGCAUCACUGACCCAUUUAAGAAACCCCCACAGGCUUCCAGAAGCAGACGGCUGUACCAGUACGUCUACAGCUACCAGCAGUCAGGGUCACUGAACUUUCGUGCUCUGUUACCCCUGUCCGGGGUCAGCGGUUAGAAGAUGCUGAAUGGAUUUUCAGGGUACAUAAAUUGUUCCACCAGAAAGUAGAAGAUGCAGAUGCAGAAGCCGUAUGGUGACAUGACCAGGCAGAAGAAGCAACAGGCCAUGAUUUUGUCAAAGGAAGCUCGGGGAGAACGCUUGGACUUGGGGAAGAAGAUCAGCAUACCAAGAGACUUGCAGAUGGAGGAGCUGAACCUACAGUCCAACAGGGGUUCACGUAUGUUUCUGGAGAGGCAGAGAAGAGUGGAGAGGUUCACACUGGAGACUGCAGCAGACGCUUCUGGAAGCCACCAAGAGCUGAACCAGACACAGGAAUCACGAGGCAUCCUUGGGGGGAAAGAGAACAUUCGCACUGAGCUAAUAAUCCAGCCAGGGCGGCACAACCUGGCAUCGGCGCUGAAUAAGGCAUCAGCCAAGAAAGGGAACCCGGGCACUCUGGCCCCAGGUUAUUCUGGGCCUCUGAAGGAGAUCCCUCGUGAGAAGUUCAACGUGACAGUGAUCCCAAAGUCCUACUGCUCCCCGUGGAGAGAAGCUCUCGGAAACAACGAGGAACUCCUCAAUACUCUUAACUCCCAGGUUCCCGAGCCACCUCAGAAACUCCAGCCAGCCAAUUACAGAUGCUUCAACAGAGCCCCAGUGCCGUUUGGAGGACCCACGAGAAUGAAGGUAAUCUCACCGAUCCAGGUGUUUGAGUGCCAGGAAACCCCACCAGAACCCAGCAAGACCUGGGACCGCCUGGCCCAUCGCCCCAACUUUAACCGGGCGCCACGUGGCUGGGGAAAGCUGUACACCCCAGAGUCUAAUGAACUGUGAGCCGGGGCGGAGAACGCCUGAAAACACCAAGCUGCACUAUGAGGGACUGAAUGACCAGACUAUCACCUAAUGGUUCUUACGACAUUCAACAGUGACACCGUCCAUGUUCCAGCAUGUGGGAAAACCUGAAAAAAAAUUACCUCUAAAGGUUCCACGUAGAAAGACCUAUGAAGACACCCUUUGGGUUGAGUCUGAGACACCAGCUGGGUCUUCCUGGCUCACACUGUACAACAUACCAGGUCUGAUCUCUGUUGCUUAGGACACAAACGAACAUCUUUGAAAUCCAUGCCUUUCACAGCAAGACAGGCAUCCCCAAUAAUACAGACAUAACCCUACCCCUGAAAAAGCCUUUACACAAUGAAAACAACGGAAUACCCCCAGAUCUUCAGCAAGCCACCUGCUUCUCACCAGAACAGCAACAUCAAUACACAAGCACACAAUCUAUCACAAACAGGGCUAGAUCAGUUACUGCACAGGUCAAAUUAGAUAACUAAAUCUUCUUAUGCUGCCGUUUUUUAUUUAGUUAUGUUUUUGUAAAUGGAUGAAUGAUAUUAAUACAAUCCUGCUCCAGAAAAUAAAUACACAUAAGAACAAGCACAAUCAAAUUAAAAAUGUUUGCUGUUUAUAGCAUCUAGCUGUAGAAGGUGCAAAAAAAAAAGUUAUGUUUUGCUACACCAGUGUCUAAUCGUCCAAAGGAGUUUGUCUGUAAUAAUGAAGAAAAAAAAAAAACGACCUGUGAGAAAUAAAUUACUAUGACAGCUUU